UCAGUUAGAACAAUUCUUUGAUAUCGAGGGAACUAUUCACUGAGUGUUUUUCUUUUCAAGACGUUUUACCUAAAUGAUGGCCGGAACCUUGAGGAAUACGAUUUUCUUGGCUGCUAUAUUGUUCCAUCUUAACGUCUGGCAAGCAUUUGGAGAUGAGCGAUUUGAAGAGGCUUACAAUAGUCUUGUUGAUGACUUAAGUGAAAUCAUGGUAGAUUGGAAUGAAACACUGCGGAAACUUCCUGGCUUUGAGUGUUACGAGGAUAGACCACUCGGUAUACCUGCCUUAGGCAGAAAUCUGGAAUUCCCCUGCACCGUCACAACGCCGUCAAAUGAGAUUCCUACAUCUGUCCAUCGACUACGUCCGGCUGAUAUCAAUGUCAUUGGGGCAAUGGGAGAUUCAUUAUCGGCUGCUAAUGGGGCAGGAGCUUGCUUCUUACCGGAAUUAGCAUAUGAAUACAGGGGUUUAACAUUCAGUCAUGGAGGUGAUGAAGGCUUUGAAACUAAUCCAACUUUGGCUAAUAUUCUGCGAAAGUUUAACCCUGGUUUGAAGGGAUAUGGGUCGGAGAAAGGACGCUGGGACUCAGUAGAGGCAGGGAUGAAUGUUGGCUAUCCCGGUGACAAAGCCAAUGACAUGCCCCAUCAAGCUGACUGGCUGAUCCAAAAAAUGAAAGCUGAUCCUGAUAUUGAUUUUGAGAACGAUUGGAAGGUCAUUACCCUUUUUAUCGGUGGCAAUGAUUUGUGCGCCUGGUGUAACAAUCUUGAUUACUACUCCUCAGAUAACUACGUCAACUUCAUUCACGAGUCGCUUAUGAUUCUUCAUGAUGGGAUGCCAAGGACAAUCGUUAACGUAGUUGGUCUCUUACAAGUUUAUCAAGUGGAUAUUUUGAGAGGCACAAUCUGCGACAUAUUUCACUGGGCGUUUUGUCCUUGUGGAAUGUUCUUAACCGACGAAGAGCUAAAACGAUUCGAAGAUAUGAACAAGGAAUAUCAGGUAAAACUUAGGGAAGAUAUUAACAGCGGGCAGUAUGACGACAAAGAUGAUUUUACGGUGGUUUUGCAACCAUUCCUUCACGAGACAUCAGUGCCUUUUACAGAGGAUGGAGAUCCAGAUUUUUCAUACUUUGCCCCAGACUGUUUUCAUUUCAGCGCCAAGGGUCAUGCGCAGAGUGGAAUAGAAUUGUGGAAUAACAUGAUUGAACCUGUCGGACAGAAACGAGAGGAAUGGAAUCCCUCUAUGACAAACAUCUCAUGCCCAACUGAGGAGUUCCCUUACAUCUACACAAACUUGAACAGCAAACCAGAAUAUUGGGAUCCAACGCAACCCGCCCCUACAACCGAGGGUAGUGCCAGUAUCUUACGAAUCUCUCGUGUUUUUGUUUUCUCUCUCUCGUGUGUUGUAGCUUUACUCGGGAAAUAAAAAUCGAUUUUCCGCCUUAUUGGCAUCUAUAAAAUAUCGCGGAGUAAUAUUUUGAGCACAAUUUAUCUCUCAUAAGUGGGAUUGUGAUUAUCAAUGUAUUAUAGAAAAUGUGAGCAGUAGGCUUUUAUGGCAUUUCCUAUUAAUAGCCACAGUACAAUGCAAACUCAAAGAGGGAUAACUCUUUUCAAGAUAUCUUUUCAAGAUAUUUUUUAAGCAUGUAAACCUCUGGUUUGAGUAAGAUUUGUUUCUAAACUCAUCGACUAUUAUGUGUGAAAUGUGAUUAAUCCAUCAAGUGCUGUACCAGUGAGCAUGCAUCAAAAUAACAGCUUAGGCCUAUAGUGCCCCCUUGUUGCAAUUAAUUACGUUCGUAACAUAUAUGAAAAAGGUUUUGCUAGAAAUAUCCGAACAAACUGUUAAUCUUCAUGGAUAUCACCAUUUCAAAAUAGGGUUACAGUCGGAAACGAUGAACAUUUUUUUUCUCAGAUUGAGCUUUCAGACUCUUCAAAGAUAUGAAGAGUCAGGAAACGUGUAAAGGUGUCACUAUCAAAAUAUAUACCAGAAAUACGGUAGUGUUUCAUAAAGACUUUUUUUUAUGAUAACAGAUGCACAAAUUCUAUAAGUUUACUAUCAGCGAAUCACACUAGAAUUAAAUAGUUUUUUUUAAUUUGUUAUUCUAAGUAAGUUUUUGUUAGUUUAUAGUGUUUUUGUUAGUUUAAAGUGUUUUGUUGAUCGAUCCCAGAUCCCGUCAAAAAUCUGUGUCGUGGAGCCCCGAAUGACCAUUGAGACUAAUUUUUCCUCAUUUUUAUGUACUCGCUCAUAUGCAUAAUUGGGGGCGAUCCCUUGAUCCUCAGCAAGGAAAGUGCAUGAGUCAAUAAAGUUUAUUAAAAAUAAUUAUUUUUCUUAUUGCUCAGGUGGAUGUUUCAAGAAAGUUUUCAGCACUGAGCCACUGACUAAAUUGUCAGUGCUGACAAUUUCAGUGAAAUCUGUGGUUUUGAUUGGCUGACAGGCACUGGCUCUGACUGUUGCUAUAGUAAUUGUCGGAGAAAGACAACUUGUCAGUGGUGACAACUUUCAUGAAACGGUCCCCAUAUAUGAUUCUUUAAAAAGUUAUAUGAUAUUUUAAGAAAAUAAGAUUUAGAGGAUUUUUUCAGUGUGUUUAUUUCUUUCAUAAAACUAUGCAAUUAUUUGUAUAUUACAAAUCAUAUAGGCCUACAUGGUAUGCCUACCUUGUUUAUUUCUUGAACAAUAAUUCUUUGGCGUAGAAAUUCAUGGAAUGUAUAUAUCGAGAACAGAAAAAAAAUAUUUUGUAAAUGA